AUUUAAAAAGCGAGACGGAUUCCGUUUCUAUGACAGUCCUGAGUGCGAAGCAUCGGAGGAACAUCUGUCCGUCUGUCUCCAACGCGCGUCUCCACUUUUUCUGAGGAUGCUACAGUUACCGCAGCUCCGCCAGAGCGUGAUCGCGCUUCUCAUAUGGUUCGCGCACUUGAUGGAACAGCAGAAAGUACAAGCUGGCAACUGCUGGCUUCAGCAGGGCAAGAACGGGAGAUGCCAAGUUCUGUACAUGUCUGGGAUGAGUAGGGAAGACUGUUGUAGAAGUGGUCGCCUUGGCACAGCAUGGACCGAGGAGGAUGUACCUAAUAAUACACUCUUCCGGUGGCUGAUCUUCAAUGGCGGUGCACCGAAUUGCAUACCUUGUAAAGAGACUUGUGAUAAUGUGGACUGUGGUCCUGGAAAGCGGUGCAAAAUGAACAAGCGGAAUAAGCCCCGCUGUGUGUGUGCCCCAGACUGCUCCAAUGUCACUUUUAAAGGGCCUGUGUGUGGCUCUGAUGGGAAAACGUACCGGAACAUGUGUGCCCUCCUUAGGGCCAAGUGCAAGAGACAUCCUGAGCUGACUGAACAGUACCAGGGAAAAUGCAAAAGGUUUUGCAAAGGUGUGCGUUGUCCUGGAACCUCGAGGUGUGUAAUGGACCAGACCAAAAAUGCCUACUGUGUGACCUGCAAAAGUUUUUGCCCUGAGGUGUCCUCACCGGAGCAGUACCUGUGUGGGAACGAUGGGAUUGUGUAUGCCAGUGCCUGCCAAAUCCGAAGGGCCACGUGCAUGAAGGGACGGUCCAUUGGAGUCGCCUACGAGGGGAAAUGCAUAGACGCCAGGUCCUGUGAAGACAUCAAAUGCUGGGAGGGGCGAAAGUGUCUCUGGGACAAGCAGACAGGACGGGGACGCUGUUCGACAUGCGAGGACACCUGUCCCGAGAGUCGUCCGGGUGACAGCGUCUGCGCCAGCGACAACGCCACCUACCCGAACGAGUGCGCUAUGAGGCAGGCUGCUUGCUCCAUGGGUCUCGUCCUGGAAGUCAAACACUCGGGCUCCUGCAACUCUCUCCCUGAAGAGACGGAUGAAGAGGAGGAGGAUGAAGAUUACACGGAUUAUAGCCAUGAAUCUCUGUUACUGACUGGAUAAACCACCGUCAACAGCUGGUCUCCAUUUAAGCACAGAGUCAUGUUCGUAUUGUACAGACGUGUACUUAUUUAUUUUCCACAGACACGUGAAAGAUGCUUAUUGUUAUAGAUGUUUAUUUAUACUUUUUUGUCUUCUUAUUUAUACAUUUAUAGUCUGAAUAAAUGGUCCUUCUAAUCUUUCCUUUGUCAACUUUUGGAAGAAUAUUAUUUAUUAUAACGUAGUGUUACUCUAUGUAAGAUACAUGCGUUUUGAAAAGUGUAUGUUACAUCUUGUGAAUAAAAAAAGGCUUAAACCGUU